AGGAGCUACGCAAUAUUGAAACCACUCCGACUGCGCCGACUUCAUCCUAUACCCAAGUAGAUUGUAAGGAGUUUUCUCGACGAAGCUGUGUAUUUCUAGCCGCAACUGGGUCAUCUUUUACUUAUUAUUAAUUAUCCUUCCGCUCCAUCGCCCUGCCCUCCGUCUUUCUCGUCGAAUGUCGUUUCUAUGGGUUGAGAUGCCGAUAGAUAUUCGAGAUCACCUCUCCUCCUCACCAUGAUAUCUAUAGCUUCGUGCACGUUUGACACAUGUCCAGUCGCCGCGUCCCCAUAUGGCUACCCGCCAAGUGCAGCAGCGGGAGUCAUCUUCUUCGUCAUUCACCUUGGAUCCUUCGUUGCCUGCCUGGUCUACUCAUUCUACCUAGCCGAGAGGAAUAGAUGGUUAGAAUUUAGUAUUCCAAUCUCUAUAGGCUGUCUUCUCGAGAGUAUCGGCUAUGCUAUGCGAAUCGGAAGUUCGGCUGAUCCAUGGAACGUGUCUUUAUACGCGGCGUCGACAACGUUUAUGAUAAUACCGCCGGCCUUCAUAUCAGCAGCCAUCUACUUUACCGUACCCGAAGCAAUUAAAAUCUUAGGCACGGAGCACUCGCCAAUCAACGUCUCGCGCUAUGCCCUCCUAACCUGGAUCGAGGGGUUUGGGUUUCUUUUCCAAUUCAUCGGACUCGUCGUCUCCUUCUCGGACCUUUCCUCCGACACGGGCCUUGGUCAUAACGCCCGCGUCGGCAGCCCCAUUAUCGCCACUGGUAUGGUGAUACAAGCCAUUUCCUUAAUCAUUUAUAUAAUGCUUUUCGGUAUCGUCCUAUUUCGAGCCGCCGUAGCAAAUAUCCAAUUUGGAUACACGACGUUCCAUCCGGUUCAUGGUUUCGUCCCCAUGGCACACAGAUUCAAAUUCUUCCUUGCGAUGCUGCUGGUUUCCGCCAUGUGCCUCUUCGCAAGAGCACUCUACCAGGCAAUAGUACUAGCCAACGGACUGGAGAGUUACACUGCGAAGAACCAAGCCCUAUUUGCGGGCUUAGACAGCUUUCUUGUUGCGGAAGCUGUUGUUGGGUUGUGUGUUGCACAUCCCGUCACAUUCUUACGGGACGGGAUAGAAAAGAGACUAGGCAGCAGAAGUACAAGCGCGAUGACGGAGGAGCAGAGGAUAAGCCAGUUCAUGGGAAGCCAAUAUGCAGAGAGCCAGUAUAGACAGAGCCAGCUCACGGAGAGUCAACCCGCGGAGAACCAACAUUUGGAUGUUCAAAACAGGGAGAGUCAAUAUAGGCAGAGCCAAUUUAGGGCAAGCCAGUAUAGUAUGAGCCAGUAUAGUGUGGCUAGUCGCCGCAGCACAAUGGAGCCAAUAGGGCCAAUGGGAGGAGGCCAGACUCCGUGGAGUAGUACAACUCGUAUCGUAUAAAGCAUCAACUAAAAAAAUAAUUUGCGGAACCUACCUCAUUACGUACGGGCCUGGUUGCUGACUG